AUGUCUUCCCCUGGCGCCUCAAGGUCCAAUAGUACUCUGGGAUCACGGAAGUAUCUGACAAAAUCACAAGAGGCCAAAUUACGACUCCAGGGCCAAGGAGGAGCUGCCAUUCUGCCAACUCGGCCAGGCGAUGCCUUCGUUUUCGGCCUGGCUCCUGUCUUCGUCUACACUCAAGAGAGGACAACACCACGCCCACCACCUUUGACCGAAUUGUUGGACUUGGAUCCAAACUCCCCACGUGCAAGGGGUUUAUGUCGCAAGUACAAUAUCAAGGUUGUGUCUGAUGACAGCAUUGGUGAUCGCACAGGCGUGGUAGCCGAGGUCGUUCAGGCAAUUGGCAAAGUGUGGGAAAGAGCUAUGGACCCCGAGGCUUCAUCCAACCCUUCGAUUAGGAAUUUGCAGGCUGCCUUUGAUAAAUUGUUGACAAGGGGAGAUGAGUUUACCGAGAUGGAUCAUAUGGACCUGAUAAGCACACAUUUCCAUAUUUGGCAAUGUGCCCUGGACCCUGAAAACAACCACAUUUGGAAUGAGCAAGCCGUGGGAAUCAGAAGGUAG